AUGGCUACAGUCGCUGCUGACUCUAAAGCAGCUCGAGCAUUUGGAGAAUACUUUUCUCACACUCACCCAGAAAAUCGCAACGGAUCAGAUCAGUUGCUAUCUGAAACCUUCAUUGGUCAAGACACAGAGUCCCCGGACAUCAGAAGUCUAAACAACAAUAAUAGCCUUCAGCGAUACUCCUGUCACACUCUUAUGGUUAAACCAAAUCAAGAAGAUAUUCAGCCAGGCAGCCAAUCUGCUCCUCUUCCUACCAGUUCCAAGUGCCGACUCUCAGUCGAGCGCAGCCUCUCCUCUGAGGACCAACAAAAUCAUAGGUGUGUGGAGAUCUCAUCGAAACCAGCCCGUGUCUACACCAUUACCAGAGAGCGAGAUAUGCUUGGGGGCCAGGGAAGUGAGGAGAGUUUGGAACUAGAGGUGCUAAAGAGGACCACAGAGCCACCACGAGCCAACGCUCCCUCCAAUAUACGUGGCAGCCAUCAUCGAGGAAGCCAUCAACAUGGAAACAACGGCCACACCCACCGGCAUCACUAUGGUCAAGCCUCUGUGACACAACCUUUGCAGAGCUCAGGAAGCAAUCAUAACAUCCAGGACUGGGGAGCGAGGCGGAGCAGGUCGAGAGAGGACUGCACUCCAGAUUGUGUGGCGUGCAUUCGGCCACAAUGUCAGAGCCAGCGCUCUUUGGACCUUGAUACCUCAACUCAUGAUGGUGGUAAGCAGCGCAAGAAGCUGGAGAGGAUGUACAGUGAGGACCGUGUGUCCUCUGAGGACAGAGAGGAUCAUGCCAACAGAUGGUUCCCUAAAGAGAACAUGUUCAGCUUCCAGACUGCCACCACCACAAUGCAAGCAAUAUCAAACUUCCGGAAGCACCUGAAGAUGGUGGGCAGCAAAAGGGUCAAGGCCCAGACAUUCACUGAUUGCAAAGCGAAGAGUUUCAGCCGCUCCUGGAGUGACCCCACCCCCAUCAAGCCUGACUCUCUCCAUGACUCCAGAGACAGUGGAGACCUCCAGGCAUCAUCUAGCAAUCUAGAUGAAGCAGAGUUUGAUGAUGUGGUCUGGGAGGAAGAGAGGGAGAUGGAAAGAGCAUCUUGCAUGGGUGAUGACUUCAUUCCACCUAAAAUCAUGCUAAUUUCAUCGAAAGUCCCAAAGGCUGAGUACGUUCCCAACAUCAUCCGCCGGGAUGACCCCUCCAUAAUCCCUAUUCUCUAUGAUCACGAACAUGCCACCUUUGAUGAUAUAUUAGAGGAGAUUGAAAAGAAACUAACCGCCUACAGAAAAGGAUGCAAAAUCUGGAACAUGCUUAUCUUCUGUCAGGGAGGUCCAGGCCAUUUGUACCUAUUGAAGAACAAGGUGGCCACAUUUGCUAAAGUGGAAAAGGAAGAAGAUAUGAUACAGUUCUGGAAGAGACUUGGCAAAUUCAUGAGCUUAUUAAAUCCUGAGCCAAACCUCAUCCACAUUAUGGGCUGCUAUGUGCUUGGCAAUGCUAACGGAGUAAAGCUUUUUCAAAACCUCAAGCGACUGAUGAAACCUCAUGCCAUUGAGUUUACGUCUCCUCUGGAACUGUCAGCUCAGGGUAAAGAGAUGAUCGAGAUGUACUUUGACUUCCGUCUCUACCGCUUGUGGAAGAGCCGCCAGCACUCCAAACUUCACGACUAUGAUGACCUUCUGUGA